AACACAUCGAAGAGAGAGAGGGGGGUGAUUCACUCGUUUUGAUUCAAAUGGUUGACCAUAGCAGUGCAAGUAAGAAGAGUACUCAACAAUGAACUUGUGCCUGAAGAGUACCAAAGAAGGAUUAUAAUAGAGUCUUGAGCACUCUAUUAAAACUCAUAUAUAUAUCAAACGCAAGAGAAAUAAAAAAAAAAACAGUCGAAGAGGAGAAGAUUGAUGAUGUUUCUGCCUCACGAAUUGAUCAUCCAAAUCCUUCUGAGAUUACCGGUGAAAUCUCUUAUGCGUUUCAAGUCUGUUUGUAAGUUAUGGUUUUCUCUUAUCUCUUACGAUUCCCAUUUUGCAAAUUCACAUUUUCAACUCACGUCCUCAAAACACACUUGUAGAAUUCUGUUUUUAUCGAAUUCAGCUCCUCAAACUCGGUCUAUAGAUGUAGAAACAUCUCUUCACGAUGAUUCUUCUGCUGGUACACUUAAUUUUAUGCCUAGUUAUCUUGAAAUUAAAGGUUCGUGUAAUGGGUUUAUAUAUUUCAAAGAUUUUGGAAUUUGGAAUCCAUCCAAUGGAGUUCACAAAGAAAUACCUUAUUCCCCUAUUCAUUCCAAUUUAGAUGCCAAUUGUUUUUUUUAUCUAUACGGUUUUGGGUAUGACCACACAAGAGAUGACUACUUGGUGGUUUCAAUGUCCUAUAAUCCAGACUUAGAUCCUAUUUCAUCACGUUUGGAAUUUUUCUCAUUGAGAGCUAAUACAUGGGAAGAAAUUGAGGGUACUUACUUCCCUUAUAUGAAUGCUUCUGAUGAUCCCAGAGUAGGGUCUCUCUUUAAGGGGGCUAUUCAUUGGUUGGCUUGUCAUAGCGAUAAAUCAAUUAAUGUUAUUGUUGCCUUUGAUUUAACUGAAAGGAAACUUUUAGAGAUGUCUUUGCCUUUGCCGGAUGAUUUUGACCUUGAUCCUAACUUUUGUGAUUUGUGGGUAUUUGGAGAAUUUCUCAGUCUAUGGUCUAUGGGGAAUGAUAGUGUUGAAAUAUGGGUUAUGAAAGAAUACAACGUUCAUUCCUCAUGGACUAUCACUCUUGUUAUUCCAAUUCAUGGCAUUUCUACUCAGUACUUUUCGCCAAUAUGCUGUACAAACAUUGGCGAUAUUAUUGGAUUAGAUGGUACAGGAUUGGUGAAAUAUGAUGACAAAGGGCAGCUCCUAGAGCAUCGCUCCUUUGGUAUCGAUGAACAUGGAUCCCAAGUGGCCGUGUAUGUAGAGUCUCUGCUUUCACUCCCCGGUGACCGUGUGCAAGCAUAAAAAGAUGAUACAAGGAAUAAGAAUGAGGUUGUGAAAGAUUCUCUCCUUCACUGUUUUCUUGAUAUUUAUACUGUAUUAUGAACUCUCCGGUGGCUACAAAUACUAUGUGUUUCAAGAAUUUGAAUUUGGAUAUGUGUUUGAGGGCAUUUGUAAUAGGAGUCCCUAUGCCACAUGAGCUAUUGGUGAAACAUUUGUAAUAUGUUUAUUGAAAAUGUUGACAGUUUGGUUUCUGUGAUUUUAAUGUUAUUUAUGUUUGUGUUCUAAUGUAUGUUGUGAUCAUCUAUAAUAUAAGAAAAAUAAAUGCUUUGGAAAUACCAA